CCGGGCGGCGGGCGAGCGGGGAAAGAUGGCGGAGCUGGGCAAGAAGUACUGCGUGUACUGCCUGGCGGAGGUGAGCCCAUUGCGCUUCCGCUGCACCGAGUGCCAGGACAUCGAGCUGUGCCCUGAGUGCUUCUCUGCGGGCGCCGAGAUCGGCCACCACCGGCGCUACCACGGCUACCAGCUGGUGGACGGUGGGCGCUUCACGCUCUGGGGGCCCGAGGCCGAGGGCGGCUGGACCAGCCGCGAGGAGCAGCUGCUGCUGGACGCCAUCGAACAGUUCGGCUUCGGCAACUGGGAAGACAUGGCUGCACAUGUAGGUGCUUCCCGAACUCCUCAAGAAGUGAUGGAGCACUAUGUGAGCAUGUACAUCCAUGGAAACCUGGGCAAAGCCUGCAUCCCUGACACCAUCCCCAAUCGGGUGACAGACCACACCUGCCCCAGUGGGGGCCCCCUCUCACCCAGCCUCACCACCCCAUUGCCCCCACUGGACAUCUCAGUGGCUGAGCAGCAGCAGCUGGGAUACAUGCCCCUGCGGGAUGACUAUGAGAUUGAGUACGACCAGGAUGCUGAGACACUCAUCAGCGGGCUGUCGGUGAACUAUGACGAUGACGAUGUGGAGAUCGAGCUCAAGCGUGCCCAUGUGGACAUGUAUGUGCGAAAGCUCAAGGAGAGACAGCGCCGGAAGAACAUUGCCCGUGACUACAACCUGGUACCAGCCUUCCUGGGGAAGGACAAGAAGGAGAAGGAGAAGACACUGAAGCGCAAGAUCACCAAGGAGGAGAAGGAGCUGCGGCUGAAGCUGCGGCCGCUCUACCAGUUCAUGUCGUGCAAAGAGUUUGAUGAUUUGUUUGAAAACAUGCACAAAGAGAAGAUGCUGCGCGCCAAAAUCCGAGAAUUGCAGCGCUACCGGCGGAACGGGAUCACCAAGAUGGAGGAGUCUGCAGAGUAUGAAGCUGCCAGGCACAAACGGGAGAGAAGAAAGGAGAACAAGAACCUGGCUGGCUCCAAGAGGGGCAAGGAGGAUGGCAAAGAUGGCGAGUUUGCAGCUAUUGAGAACCUUCCUGGGUUUGAGCUCUUGUCGGACCGAGAGAAGUUGCUCUGUAGCUCUUUGAACUUGAGUCCUGCGCGCUAUGUAACUGUGAAGACCAUUAUAAUAAAAGACCACCUCCAGAAGCGACAAGGAAUCCCGUCCAAGAGUCGUCUUCCUAGUUAUCUGGACAAAGUCCUAAAGAAAAGGAUUUUAAAUUUCCUCACAGAAAGUGGGUGGAUAUCCAGGGAUGCUUCCUGAGGCCAGAUGAGGUUAAAGCAGCUUGUGAGCCAAAUGAGCUGGAGCACCUCCCCCACAUUGUUGCUCUUUUAACAAAUUGAGUUCCUUUUUACAAAGCUUCCAUUCUUUUCUCUGAAAGAAGCAAUAGUAGCCAUUUUAUAGUAGAUGUGGGGGAGGGAGACUAGUGUCUGUCUGUUUUAACUUAGUCCUAAGAGUAACCCUUCAUGAUGAUCUGCCUUUGCGUGUUCCUUCUAGAGACUAUGAUGAGGUUGGAUAUUCAUUAUUUCAUGAGCCUUUUCCCUUCUGGGUUAAAAAGCUAUUGUGCUGGGGGGUGCUAGGAGCUGUUUUCCUGUCAUCAGCCUUUCCUGGGUGGCAAAAUCUCAACUCAGGUGGACUGCUGUUGGUGCCAUUGAUUGAGCUUAUUGCUGUCCCCAGCCAACACCCCAAGCGCAGCCCCUGCACGCUGCACUUUACCAGGAGGCAGGCUGCGCACAGAACCCUCCCAGGAGGCCAAAAAACACUGGGUUCGCUCCCCCUGAGCCACAUAAGAGGAUGAGCCCCUCUUUUGCACACAGUGACAUGAGCUUCCACUUAACUCCUGACAGCAGCAGUGUGCGACCUUGCCAUUCCUGGCCCUCAAACCGUUCCUGCCUCAUCAUAGUGUGGCCUGGCCUGCUGCUGCCUUUGGAAAGAGCAGUGCCCAGGGUAGCUUCCUUUGGUAAGACUGUCUCCCCCAAACUGGGAAAGCAGAUAGUGGGAGGGGACAGGGCUUAGUGGGGGUUGCCCUUUGCUGCUGUCCUUGUGCAUUUGACUUAGAAGACUGCUUUAGAGUUCAAGGCUUAGUGGUUGGUGUUUGAGUUGGGGCAUUAGUUUCCUCAGGAUUUUCAUCAGUUGCAAGUAAGUUUAAGUAGCUUUUUCACUGAAAAAAUAGGACCAUGCUAGGUAACCUGGGCUAAGCAGACUUGAUGGUAUGUACCAGCCAGGCAGAGCCAUGAGAUCAGCUUACAGGUGGCCCUGGCUAGUGCAGAGCAAUCUGCCUGUGCCUUGAAGCCUGUGCUGCUUUUGCUCAUGGUCUCAAAACACUCAAAUAUGAUUCCUUCCCAGCCCAAUAGAAAAGCUUGUUUCUGGGCCCCCUUUAAGGAUGCACAUGGUACCUUCCUUCUAAACUUGAGGAAGUCAUUUGUCUUCCGGCUGCUCAGGGUUCUCAGGCCCAGACCCAGCUUUAGAGUCCUGAAGUGACCACAGCCCCAGCCCCCAUUUCUUCUUAACUCCCCUCUGCCCAAGGUACCUCCCAGAGUGUUUGGGCUCAUAAGUUCAAGUGAAAUUAUUUGAAGAAAAAUCUCAUUUCCAAGGACAACUUGAUGAUGUGCCUUUUCAUUUUACAUCCUCUGUAAGUUUUUCAGCAUUAAAUAAAACAUUUCAAAUACACUGUAUUUGGCUUUAGUUGUAAAAUGCAUUGUGGCCUGGCAGGGAAGUGCCCUGUCAGCUAGGCCCAGACUUCUCUUGACUCCAGAAGACACAAAACCGGCUCCACACUGCCCCCUGCAGGGUGAGUGGAUAGAAGGCUGGUGCACUGAACAGCAGUAGGAUGGUGCACUGUUCCUACUUGCUUUAGCCAGUUGUUCUCAAAGUGGGGUUCCUGGCCACUUGUUAGAAAUACAGUACCACACCCCAGGUAACACUCUUGAGAGUGUCUGUAUACUUAAGGCUUCUGGGACAAGGUGUUGGUGACUUUGAACCUGCCAGGCAGCAGGAAUGCAAGCUCAUUUGAGAACCACUGGCUUUAAUUGUCUGGAACACUAGAGUUAUAGCUUGCUAAGGUUUUAUGUUUCAGUUUAUUUCUUCUGUAAAAUGACAAGCAGAUUUCUCAAGCUAAUAUAAGCCUAAGAAGCAGAGAAUUCAGUAAACAUGUGGCCAGUGGCUGACUAUCUGGCAAAAAACUUUGCUUUUGCAGGCUUGUGUGUAUAUCUUUUAAUGGCAUAAAUUCAUUUGUGCUUGACUGUUUUAAAACACCACAAUGAAUGUAUAAUUUAUGUUCAAGUACUAAUUUUGUUAUAAGGAAAAGUAACUUCGGGAUUUGUUGCCUCUUUUCCUGUCUGCUCCAGCUGUUUGUCACAUUACCCUGACUGGUAGCUCAGAGCCUGACAUGCUUGUAUUUAAUUCUCAUGUUCCCACAAUCCCGUGGAACCAGGUCUUUUCAAAUUGAAACUGUCUCUGAGUUAGAAAAGUUAGAGGAUUCUUCCACUAUUUGAAAUGAUGUUGUCUGGGAGGCCAACAUUCCAAGAAUGUAUUAAAAACUGCAACUCUACCAUUUUUAUUGUCCUUUUACAUAUUAAAUAAGUUGAGAACAAAA